AUGUACAAAAUCUCUGUCAUCCUUUUAGUUUUGGUUUUUGUUGCCUAUUCUACUGCAAGUUCAAUUGAAUUAUGUGCUCCAUGUUCUGGUGGUAAAGUCCAAUCUUGUGGUUCAUCAGGCUCUGUUAAAUGUGUAACCAUCCCAUUGGGUAAAUGUUAUACUUUUGCUAAUGUUUGCUCUGGUGCUCCAAAUAUAUUAGCAUAUUACAUUGAAUCUAUUGAUAGAGGUGCUGUCUCUGGACUUGUCUAUCCUUCAAUGGAGGCAUGCUCAAAGAAAAUGGCAGGUAUCGUAAUCUCUGAAGACUGCGGUGAUUGCAAUCUUGGUACCACUCUCACAUGUAACGUCGGUAACUCUGCUUCCAAUAACAUGAAGACCUUUGCCAUGGGUGCUGCCUCUGUAGUUUUGGCUGCCCCAUUUUUACUUUAA